GUCAGUUGAAGGGAUGCCCUCGCCGUGUGAGCAUCGCUUUUGUCGCUCAGUGUUCCGAAGAGUUCUCCCUGGAUUCGAUUUCUCCCGAGACUCAAGAAAUAAUUCUUACUUUCAAUAACUGUCUUGAUAAAGCAGUUAUAUUGUGAUUAUCAGCUGACUUUUGAUCUACAAGAAACAUUUACAGUGCCUUUGUAAUUUAUUUUAACAUUCAGCGUUGUUAAUGAAACUGAGACUGAAAGUUCUUCAGAGCCAUGGCUGACUAUCUGGAUGAUAGAUUUAUGUGGCAGGAUAUCGAAACUGUCUUGCUGGGGGAUAUAAAAUUGCUUUCUUCAGAAGACGGAGGUGUCUCUUCGCCUUGUAUCCCUGCCCAAGAUAAUGUGCCAUCAUCAGAAUCCCAUUACUCUCACCACCAGCCUACUUCUGAAGAUCCAUCACCACUCACAGCUCUAAGCCCCCAGCCUCAUCAGGCAUUGGUUCUGUCUGAUCCCCAUUCUAUAGUAGCACCUCAAGAGCCUACGAAUCUGCACUCGACCAUACCUCCUGAACCAACCCCACUGCCACCGUUAUCUACUAUAACAAGUGUGGCAUCUACUCACGUAGCCAAUAGCCAUGGGAUACCCAAUCUUCCAUCUCCUGCUCAACUUCCAGUUCAAUCUCCACCUCUGCAGUGCCAUGCUGUUGUGUCUCCAACAACUUCCCAGUGUCCAUCUAAGCCCCGUAUUCUUUCGCCACCUUCUGGAGAAACGUACCCUAGUGUUACGCCAUGCCCAAUACCAUACCCAGCCCAGCAAUGGAGAGUCAAGAGCGAAUACGGGGAACAGGUCGUUCCAGAAGUGAACUGGGAAUGCAAAGAUGGGUCCUACUGGACAGAGUAUUACCCGACCAAUGAAUCCAUAGUGCAAUAUGGGUGCUUUCCAACAACCCCUCCUUAUCCAGCAGAUUUGUAUCCUCCAACUGGGGCAGUGCCAGCACCUUACCAUAAUGCCAUUCCUCCUGCCUCAUCAAAUUCUUUGCUGACGCCCCCAUCUUCGCCAUCCUUCAUGACACGGCAUCUAUCUGCAGAUCAAGCUGGCACGGGACCACAAAACAUGCCCACAUGCUUACCAGUCGGGGUGCCGCAGGGCUUCCCGACAUCAGCGCCCCAAUCGCAGCAGGCACCCGUAGCGAAGACCAAAGUUCGGCGUCGCCGGACAUGGACUAGAAGGAAAGCCGUUAUCCACACUUGUUCUCACAACGGAUGCGCCAAAACUUACGCCAAAUCAUCGCACUUGAAGGCCCACAUGAGGACACAUACUGGCGAGAAGCCCUACACCUGCGACUGGAAGGGCUGCGGAUGGAGAUUCGCACGUUCCGACGAACUGACUCGGCACUACCGCAAGCAUACGGGUGAUCGACCAUUCCAGUGUCGACUGUGCGAGAGGGCUUUCUCGAGGUCUGACCAUCUCAGUCUUCACAUGAAGCGCCAUCUCGCUAUAUAGAUUUGAAAUGAAAUCUCACCGUUUUCAUAUAGUGCCAUCAUCAAGUGCCAUGAAUAGUUGUGUGCCAUAUCUACCUUUGAGUGCCAUCGUUCUUCUUUUGAAUCUUGUGUGACAUUUCAUCAGAUAUACAACAGUAAUCUGAAAUACGACUUUAUCUUAAGUGCAAAGGAACAUGGCGAGGUUUUUGUCCGACGUACAAAAUGGACUGCUUAAACUGUCUAAUAACAGUGCAUACCUUUUUUCAUAAGUCCUCAUAAUUUUAGGUUUAAUUUUCAUGAACUGUCGAAAAUAAGAACAAAAAUCUGUGAAAAGUAAAGUUCAAAAGUUUCCUUAUUUUCUGCUCAUUAAUACUGGUUAUUAUGUAUUUUAGGAAUGUAUACUGUAUUGAGAAUUUUCUAUGGGUUUUUAAUGACAAAAUUCAGAAUCUAAAGUUCCCGAUCUCAUUAGCUAAGGAACGAUAGUUUUCGUUGGUUUGAAAUAUUUUUUGGCAAAAUAAAUUGGCAACAUUUAUUGGUGACUGACUCUUUGUCUUAUAAUUUUCACUAUUUACAGGAUAUUAUUUGCUUUUUUAUUUUCUAAUAUCAUUAUAUAUCUAGUCAAACAAAGGCAUUUUGUUGUCUCAUAGUUUGGAAAUUGUUAGACCAUAGCAUUUGUAUAUAGCUAUUUUGUAACACUUUUUUAUACUUUCAAUAAAGAAACCUUUUU